AAACCGCUCAGUCCAGAUGCCCUCGCAGAGCUCCGCGUCUCGUUCGACUCGUUCGACACGGCCAACAGCGGGACCAUCUCGAUGGCGGAGCUCCUCUCCAAAUUCAAAGCGCUCGGCGCCAGCGAGGAGGAGGCGAACGGGGUGAUGGAGCUCAUCGACUCGCACCACACCGGCGACAUAAGCUUCGACGAGUUUGCUAGCGCAAUCGGGCCUCUGAUGGCAUCCCGAAAGUCGAGCGCCCUCAAGCGAGCAUUCGACCGAUUCGACACCGACGGCUCGGGGAAGAUUGACAGGAACGAGCUCCGAAGCAUGCUCGUCAAGCUCGGCUGGAAUGCGGACGACACGAAAGUGGACGAGAUGAUGCGUAUAGCAGACCAGACCGGAGACGGUCAAAUAUCCUUCGAUGAGUUCAAGACGCUGCUG